AAAAAUGUUUUUUUCGUUUUAAGCAGAAAAGGAUAAAUAUGAGUCUCUGAGUUGUUAAUCGAUGAAAUAACAGAUGGAUAAUUGCGAUAUCUACAAAAAGACAAGAAAUGCAGUGAAGUAAGAAGAAAAUGACAUUGCGUCAACAGAAGUUUGCUGAGGAUGUCAAUAGCGCUAUUGCUCUCUGUGAGGAAUAUGAUUGGCCAUUUACAGACUUUCAUCAGACAGAUAAUUCCUUGUCAUUUGUUCUGGUAAAAGACAACUGCAAACAACCAGUCACCAUCUGCAUUUCUGAAGACUAUCCCGAGAACACUUUAAUAACCAGACCAGAUAACCCAGACCAUUCGGAGCAUAGUAAUGACACAAUUAAACACAUCAUAAUGAACCUAAACAGAGUUUUAAACAAUAAUGUGGAGAGAUCAGAGAGCAUGGAAACAGACGAGUCGUAUUAUGAAGAUUGUCAGGCAGAGCUCAACUCCGACUGUGAUGACGAUGAGGAGGAGGAUACCAUGGAUGAUUACUAUCAAUUAUCAGAGGACACAAAUGAAGAUGUGGAGAUAAACCCUGUGCUUGCCUUAGAUAUGGAAAAACUGACAGGAUGUUAUGGUGAUCAUGUGAUGGACUACAGGACGUUUGAAUCCAUCAAUGAAAUAGACAUUGAAAUAAGAAUAUUCCUCAGUUCAUUAUUAGAGAAAGAAGUGCUAGAUGCCUGGAAUUUGGAUUGUUUACAGCCCUUGGUGAUUAGGAUAAAUUUGUCAAUGUCAACAUACCUGGACGUGCCUAGCCCUCCAAAAUUACAGGUGUUGCAUUCAUCAAAAAGUGGCAUUGUGAGCCAAUUGCAGAAGAUAUUGACAACCUUUGUCAAUGAACAGUGGCCCAGAGUCAGCAAUUCCUUAUUACAACAGAUGUUUGAGGAGGCAGAGCAGAAAUCACAGGCCACCAGUGCUGACAAUGCAGCAGUGACAAGCUAUGAUAAGAACAUCGCACGUUUGAUGGAAAUGGGCUUCACUGCAAACCAGGCCAUUACCUCCCUGCUACACAACAACGGAGACAUUGUACGGGCACUGGAAUUCUUAAUGGACAACAAAGGCAGAAUUGAAGGAUUGACAAAUAAGGCUCCAGAUGAUGAGAGUUCCACAUCCUCAGCCUCAAGUAAAAAUGUGCUCUACAGUCGCCAGGCAUCUGUCCCUCUCAGCAAAAAACGCAUUAAAAAAUUUAGUCGACUGCACUCUGUGGAGUCGAAAAGCUUGAUCAGUGACCAAGAAAUCAUUGAUUUGACUGAAGAUGAAGACAACCUCACCCAAGUGGCCACGUCUUCCUGGUUUGGGAAAAACUCAAAAAGAAUUCCCAGUCCAAAUCUUGGUUUCCUAGUCCAGAUCUACCAGUAUGCCAGGCAAAGAUUACCUACAUUAAAUGAGUUCUGUGUUGUUUGUGAUGAUGCACAUGUGUUUCAAAAUGGAGCUAUGUUAAAGCCAUCUGUAUGUUCCAGGGAGCUAUGUGUUUUUGCAUUCCAAACUCUAGGUGUCAUGGCUGAUGCUGCGGAAUCCGUAGCAACUGGGGCACAAGUAGUAGAUUUGCUGGUUGCCAUGACACGAGCUGCAUGUAAUUCUCCAAGAAAAGAUGCUAUAUUUACUCCUUAUCCAACAGUGGUGGACCCCAACUGCUCCACAGAGUUAGCCCUCAAUCCAAAGUCGAAGGAUUAUGAUCUGGUGAAGAGAAUCUUGGGUUGCAUCCCUCCCACUGAACAGCUGGCGAAAACAGACUCCUCAAAUAUAAAGAAGGGCCUAGAUACCCAAAAUAAACUGGCAUAUCCUUUACUUCAGUGGAUAAUUUCAAGUAACAGAUCACAUAUUGUAAAGCUUCCAAAAGAAAGGUGCCUAGAAUUCAUGCGAACCCCUCAUCAGUACCUGUUGUUAAACAGUCCUCCAGCAAAGGAAAAGGUCUUCAGAGAGCUGAAAAAGAAUCAUGGCAGUACAUUCGCCUUCCAUGGGUCUAGUAUAGAAAACUGGCACUCCAUUAUCAGAGAAGGUUUGAUAGUGGCAUCAGGAACAAAGCUACAGGUGAAUGGAGCGGCCUAUGGAAAAGGGAUUUAUCUGAGCCCUCACUCCAGUACAUCUUUUGGUUAUUCAAGAAUGGGUUAUGGCUACCAAAAACAGAAAUCAGCAGUGUCCGAAUCCCAUUUUCUAGACCAUGGAGUGAGCAUGACAUGUAUCGCAUUGUGUGAAGUGAUCACACAUCCCUCUCUGAAAAAGUCCGGAUCAAUCUGGGUAUCUCCGGAGUCCGAUUAUGUCUGUACACGUUUCUUUUUUGUGUAUGAGUCUGGUCAGAGAGGAGAGGACGUAGAUACACAGAAGAAGCAAUACAUAGAUCCAAUCAUGGCAGCCGUUAACUACAGAGCAUGAUUCAUACAAUGGAGAAUGAAGGUCUCUGUUGUGAACAGGAGGAGGCAACCAUUGUAAACCAUUAGGUGUACAUUACAUUGCUUAUUAGGAAUGUAAUUACAUGCAAUAUACUAGACAGAUGCAAUCAUUUUUCAGACAAUUUUUGAAAUUUAUUCACUCAGUUGUCAUAAUUUUAUUUUGGUACUCAUGUGAUUUAAUUAAUAUGCAUAUAAGCAUGACAAGGGACAAACAUCCUAGUUUUUGCAUUCCAAGUUGUGCGUAGUUUGUAAAUUUGCAAAUGUGAAACAUUUUGAAUGGAGUUUUAUCAAUAAGACAAACAUUAUCUGUAAAAAUAAAAAUGAAAAUAACAAGGGCAAAAAUAAUCUUGUAAAGAGUAAAAUACAAUAUGUAUUAAUUGAUGGUACCUAAAAUACUAGCUAUUUUGAUUUUCAGUAAAAUGACAUGCAUUCCACAUUCAUUUAUUUCAUCAUUUUUACAUGCACAUGUUUUAAGUAUUUUGAUGUGUUAUUGUGCUAGUGUACAAGCACAUGUGAUUUAUUUUACAAAACACUGUUAAUGUAUAAAUUUUUAAUACUAUGCAUAUAAACUUGUCUCUCCCAUUACCACUACAUGUUUCAUCACUCCCAUGCAGUGAUUUUUUUUUGUUCUCUAACAUGUUAGUAAUUAAUGCUUUGUGAAUGUUCCGUGCAGUCAAGGGAGAAAAAGGUUCCAUAGUGUGUGCUCUUCAGCUUAAGUCACAGGUUUUCUCCAACUCUCUUUCCUGAACUUUUUAUUGGUAAUUAUCAAUAGACAGUUAAACACUUGGUAAGCCUUGUGUCUAUUGACUAUAAAAAAAAAGUUAAAGUAGGAGAAAAACCAGUAACUAACUCGCACAAGUUACAGAACCUGUAUUUACACACUUCACCUGUGCAGAGAUUAGUAUUUUUUGUGUGGAAUAAAGGGUAUACUUUGUGAUAAAUGAUGAAAUUUUGGUAUAUUAGCAAAAUGUCUUUUAAUGACUGAUGUAUGAUAUAAUAAUUUAAUAAUCUACAUGUUACAGAGUUUUACUAUGUACAUCAAUGUACCACAGUAUAUUCACAUCAUGGUAUUCAUAUUAAAGGCUUAUAGCAUA